UGAACCGGAUUGUGUAUGAAUUUUCCGUCCGCUAGCUGGAGAAGGGGAGGAGCAGGAGGGCACGGAGCGGAGCGGAAGGGGGCAUUUGAGCGGAAAGUAAGCGGGGCUUCGCAGACCCUCGCGGACCCUGCCGGACCCUGCGACUCUGCAGGCAGAGCGACUCUUGGAGGCGCUCUGCCAAGCCAGUUCUGGAAGUCGGCUUCAGAGUUGUUUAAAUCCCCCGCCAGCAUCUCAGGCCGUUUUCUGCAGACCCGUCAUCUCCCGGAGUUAAGUGGAAGGGAUCCCUGCGCUUCACAGCUGCGCUUACAUUUGUAUGUCUCUAUAUAGAUAUUCUGAAACUAGACCCUUCUUCUGCUGUUUUCAUUUUUCACGUGCAUGAUUUCAUCUUCUUAAGGCGUUAGAAAACACUUUCCGUUCGUUAGAUCAGUUCUUCGAGUAUUUACUGAGCACUAAAUGGACACCCGUGCGAGUGUGAAAUUCCAACAGCGAUUAGCUUUGAAAUUCAGAAACAAUGGAGAAGACUCAAGAAAAAGUCCAGAGGAUUCUUCUAGAACCGUACAAGUACUUGCUUCAAUUACCAGGUAAACAAGUGAGAUCCAAACUUUCACAGGCAUUUAAUCAUUGGCUAAAAGUCCCAGAAGACAAGCUACAGAUUAUCAUCGAAGUGACAGAAAUGUUGCAUAAUGCCAGUUUACUCAUUGAUGAUAUUGAAGACAAUUCAAAACUCCGACGUGGCUUUCCAGUGGCACACAGCAUCUAUGGAAUUCCAUCUGUCAUCAAUUCUGCCAAUUACGUGUAUUUUCUUGGCCUAGAGAAAGUCUUAACCCUCGAUCACCCGGAUGCAGUCAAGCUUUUUACCCGCCAGCUUUUGGAACUCCAUCAGGGACAAGGCCUGGACAUAUACUGGAGGGAUAACUACACUUGCCCCACUGAAGACGAGUACAAAGCUAUGGUGCUGCAGAAAACAGGUGGACUCUUUGGGUUAGCAGUGGGCCUCAUGCAGUUGUUCUCUGAUUACAAAGAAGAUUUAAAGCCAAUACUGGAUACACUUGGGCUCUUUUUCCAAAUUAGGGAUGAUUAUGCUAAUCUACACUCCAAAGAAUAUAGUGAAAACAAAAGCUUUUGUGAAGAUCUAACAGAGGGAAAGUUCUCAUUCCCUACUAUUCAUGCUAUUUGGUUGAGGCCUGAAAGCACCCAGGUGCAGAAUAUCUUGCGCCAGAGAACCGAAAACAUAGAUAUUAAAAAAUACUGUGUGCAUUAUCUUGAGACUGUAGGUUCUUUUGAAUACACUCGGAAUACUCUUAAAGAGCUUGAAUCUAAAGCCUAUAAACAAAUUGAUGAACUUGGAGGGAACCCUGAGCUAGUAGCUCUAGUAAAGCACUUAAGUAAAAUGUUCAAAGAAGAGAGUGAAAUAUAUUAAGCUAUUCUUGAUUAGGCCUAAUAGCUUAUUUCAGUUAAUGAGUUUGUCUUUUAGCCUGUCAUUUUGAAAAUUUGGAGCAAGCUGUUUGACUCCAAAAACUGAGUGGAUGGGUGAUCGUUGUACAAAAUUGGCAGUCAAAAGGAGUCACAUUUAAUAGGUCUGAUUUGAAUGUGUUUAGUAGGUGUGCUGUGUUGGGUCUUUGUGGUCCACUCUGCCAUGAAUGUUUUAGUGACCAUGUCAAUAAAGAAUUCAGCCCCGGCUGGUGUGGCUCAGUGGAUUGAGUGCUGGCCUGCGAACGGAAAGGUUGCUGGUUUCAGUCCCUGUCAGCACAUGCCUGGGUUAAAGGUCUCUGGUUGGGGGUGUGCGAGAGGCAACCUACUGAUGUUUCUCUUCCUCUCUUUCUCCCUCCCCCUCUCUAAAAAUAAAUAAAUAAAAUCUUUUUAAAAAUUAAAAAAAAAUUCAGCUUCCAGCAAGUUUUAUGUAGAUCCUUCCUAACUAUACUGUAUGGGCAUUUCCCAAUUCAUCUACCCCAAUUCUAAGCCAGCAACUACUUGGGGCAAGUCUCUGUAGCUAGCUGGCCCAAAGGUAAUAUGAAGUCCUCCUCUUCCUCGAUGCAGCUGCUGAGAAUAUCAGUCUCCUCCCCGGAAAUCCCCUUGCUGAGGUCUACGAAGGCUGGCAGUGACAACCAGUGAGCGCUUUGGUUCUUACCCACUUCCUUUUUCCUUUCUCCGUACCAGGAAAAUUCUGCCCUUGAACCCAGGAGUCUCUUUUACAUGCUAGCCUAAGUUCUUUUUUCUUUCUAGAAAAACUGGUGCCCCAAAACUGAUUAAUGUCUGGGUACAGAAAUGUCUUUCCAUUUGGGAAGGAAAAAAAAGUACGUGCAUGCAGAAGUACUUUAAGAAGGAGCUUUUAAACUUUUUGUAUUUUCUCACUGUUAGUAAUAAAAAUCAUAAAAGAGCUGUUUGCUCACUUCAAAUCCAAAUCAGGGGGAAAUGCCCUUUUCCUUCCUGCCCAACUACCCCCCUUGAAGGCAGUUGCUGCUUCAGUGGAAAGGGAACCAACUGCAGGCAUCUUUAAUCUUUGUGAUGAAAGGAAAGAAAGUGUUAGCCUGACAAGGUAGUGCCUGACUGAAAAGUAGCCAAAGACUAUGCUAUCAGGCACUACUUAGCUUUAUAGUGCCUGAACCCUGCCUACCCUGUGUCAUUUCCAGCCACGCCCCUGGAGCCAUCUGUGGCCAAGAGGUAGGGGAAAAAAAAAAAAAAAAGACCUUGAUUCCUGUUUUCGAAGUGUUACUCACAUCCCAAAAUGAAAGUUUGUGUUUCUCAGAAACAUUGCCGUUUGCUUCAUUGGUUCUAUAGUAUGUUAGGUCUAAUCACCAGUACAUGUAUGAGAAAGUCUCACCAAAAAGCGCUCAACCUAAAUCAUCCUUAUGUACCAGGCUUAUGGGUUCAGUUCCCCGGUCAGGGCACAUACCAGAAUCAACCAGUAAAUGCAUAAACAAGUGGAACAACAAAUUGUCCCUUCU